CCAAACCAAACCAGAUCUUUGCAGUACACACUACACACCACACUUAAUUAGCUAGCUCCUCUCCUCUAGUUAGCUCUUAGCAAAGCUCCAAAGUUUGGCAGCCAACGUUAAACCCUAGUACACACAAAGUUAAGACAUGUCUCCCACUAUGGCCUCGUCGCUCUGCGUCUUCGCGUCGAUGUCCGGAGCGGCCGGCAGGCUGGCCAGUGGCCAGGGUGGCAAGACCAAGCGGGCCGUGGCGCAGCCUCUCGCGGCUAGCGUCGUGACGGAGACGACGCCGCCAGCCAUCGCCCCGCCGCCGGCUCGGCCCGUCGUCGACGCCCCACGCCGCCGUGGGGGCCGCGGCUGGGACGGCGGCGUUGAGCACGCGGCGUGGAAGAGCGUCCGGCAGGAGAGGUGGGAGGGGGCACUGGAGGUGGAGGGAGAGCUGCCGCUCUGGCUGGAUGGCACGUACCUGAGGAACGGGCCGGGCCUGUGGAACCUCGGCGACUACGGCUUCCGGCACCUGUUCGACGGCUACGCCACGCUCGUCCGCGUCUCGUUCCGCAACGGCCGCGCGGUGGGCGCGCACCGCCAGAUCGAGUCGGAGGCGUACAAGGCGGCGCGCGCGCACGGCAAGGUGUGCUACCGCGAGUUCUCGGAGGUGCCCAAGCCGGACAGCUUCCUCUCCUACGUCGGCCAGCUCGCCAGCCUCUUCUCCGGCUCUUCGCUGACAGACAACUCCAACACGGGCGUCGUCAUGCUAGGCGACGGCCGCGUGCUCUGCCUGACAGAGACCGUCAAGGGCUCCAUGGUGGUCGACCCGGACACACUGGAAACGAUCGGCAAAUUCGAGUACACGGACAAGCUGGGCGGCCUGAUCCACUCGGCGCACCCGAUCGUGACGGAGACCGAGUUCUGGACGCUGAUCCCGGACCUGAUCAGGCCAGGCUACGUGGUCGCGCGAAUGGACGCCGGGAGCAACGAGCGGCAGUUUGUCGGCCGGGUGGACUGCCGUGGCGGGCCGGCGCCCGGGUGGGUGCAUUCGUUCCCCAUCACCGAGCACUACGUGGUGGUGCCGGAGAUGCCGCUCCGGUACUGCGCCAAGAACCUCCUCCGCGCGGAGCCGACGCCGCUGUACAAGUUCGAGUGGCACCUCGAGUCCGGCAGCUACAUGCACGUUAUGUGCAAGGCCAGUGGCAAGAUUGUGGCGAGCGUGGAGGUGCCGCCGUACGUGACGUUCCACUUCAUCAACGCCUACGAGGAGAGGGACGAUGAGGGGCGCGUGACGGCGAUCAUCGCGGACUGCUGCGAGCACAACGCCGACACCUCCAUCCUCGACAAGCUCCGCCUCCACAACCUCCGCUCCUUCACCGGCCAGGACGUCCUCCCUGACGCCAGGGUUGGCCGGUUCAGGAUACCACUGGACGGGAGCCCAUUCGGCGAGCUGGAGUCGACGCUGGACCCAGACGAGCACGGCCGCGCGAUGGACAUGUGCAGCAUCAACCCGGCCCACCUCGGCAAGAAGUACCGGUAUGCCUACGCCUGCGGCGCGCGCCGGCCGUGCAACUUCCCCAACACGCUCACCAAGAUCGACCUCGUCGAGAAGACGGCCAAGAACUGGUACGAGGAGGGCGCCGUGCCGUCGGAGCCAUUCUUCGUGCCGCGCCCUGGCGCCGUGGAGGAGGACGACGGCGUGGCGAUAUCGAUGGUGAGCGCCAAGGACGGAUCGGCCUAUGCGCUGGUGCUGGACGCCUCGACGUUCCAGGAGAUCGCGCGGGCCAAGUUCCCGUACGCGAUGCCCUACGGCUUGCACUGCUGCUGGGUGCCCAGGAACUCAAACGCGUAGAUCGAUCGGCUUUGCUGCUGGCAUCUUAAGUCGUGGACGUCGACGGUGUAGCAACAGAGAUGGCUGGUUUGCUAGGUUUUGUGCCAACGAGAAAAAAAGUAUACACGCUGUAGUUAUGUAUAGGCAGAUGUCAUACACAUGAUACUACAGAGGAAAUGUACGGAGUCCUGCUUCGUUCCCAUAUCUCCGGUCACUGUAGUUGUAGUAAUGCACGCGUGUAAUGUGUACAUAACUCCUGUUAUCGGGUUCAAUAGUGUUAUUC